AUGAGUGAGUCAUCUCCGGCAGAGUUUGAUAUACUUGACGAAGACGAUGCCCUUGAUUCACCGUUUGAUGUAGGAUUACGUCCAGUAGAUGAUGACCUUGAUCCACUGGCUGAUGUAGGAUUACAUCCAGCAGAUGAUGACCUUGAUCCACUGGUUGAUGUAGGAUUACAUCCAGUAGAUGAUGACCUUGAUCCACUAUUUUAUGUAGGAUUACAUCCAGUAGAUGAUGAUCUUGAUCCAUUGUUUGAUGUAGGAUUACUUUCAGUAGAUGAUAAAGGUUCUUCACAAAAUUCAUUACAAAUUAAAGGGCCUUCACUACAAAUCGAUGAUAUUGAAAUCGAGCUGUCUUCACGUUUAAUGACACGAUAA